AGCCCCAAGGAGUGUACCAAGUCCUUUUUUCUCGCAUUCAUACAACACCCAUCAACCUUCCUCCUCCUGUCACUCUUACAUUUCUUUCUUUACUUGAUCAAACACCAUUGUUACACAUUCUCAAAUGUGUUCUUGGGCGUUGUGAAGUGAAUACUCGUCUCUAACGUCAGUUGUCAUCAUGUGAUGAACAAAUCUAUGCUGCAUUUCGUUUCGCAUUACAAUUUUUCGACAAGUACUUAGGCGAAUACGUUCAGAUUUCGUAUCGCGUAAUGGCAUUGGCAAGGCUUUCAAGAAACUGGAAGCAAUCAUCAGGAACAUACGCCAUUAACCGCUGCAUAACAGACAAAGAUGUCCCUUUCAAUGCCGAAGCAGUUGACAAGAUGUUGUACGUACAGACUGUACGAAAAGUCGAUCACAUGAAAUUUCAAAGCAACGGGACACGUGCAGUUCAAGGAUACAGGUUUGCGCAUGCCGAGAGGGUAUCCGAGGAUUAUUCCGACUCGAGAAGUGAUAAAUUCCGGUAUGGUAAUCUUGAAGCUACUAAGUCAGGUGACAAACCGAGAGUCGUUGUUCUUGGUACCGGCUGGGCUGCGUGUAGAUUCCUUAAAGGAAUCGAUACCACAAUGUACAAUGUUGUUUGCAUUUCACCUAGGAAUCACAUGGUCUUCACUCCGUUGCUAGCGUCGACUUGUGUCGGAACUCUUGAAUUUCGUUCUGUAGCGGAGCCCGUUGUGCGUGUUCAGACCGCUUUGGCUAAGGAUCCGAAUUCAUACUUUUAUCUCGCAUCCUGCACCUCAGUUGAUACCGACAAACAUGAAGUGUAUUGUGAGACGGUUAGCGAUAAUGAGAACCUGUACGAACCAUAUCGGUUUAAAGUUGCUUAUGACAAGCUUGUAAUCGCUUCGGGAUCCGAGCCGUUAACGUUCGGCAUAAAGGGUGUGAAAGAGCAUGCAUUAUUUCUUCGUGAAGUUAGUCAUGCUCAAGAAAUACGGAAACGACUUCUUUUGAAUUUGAUGCUCUCUGAAACUCCAGGCAUAUCCGAGGAAGAAAAGGAGCAAAUGUUGCACUGUGUUGUUAUCGGAGGAGGCCCGACUGGAGUUGAGUUUAGUGGUGAAUUGAGUGAUUUUAUAGUGAGAGAUGUUUAUCAACGUUAUGCGCAUGUUAAGAACUAUGUUUGUGUCACCCUUAUUGAGGCUAAUGAAAUUUUGUCGUCUUUUGAUGUUGGGUUACGUCAAUAUGCUACAAAACACUUAACAAAGUACGGUGUACGUCUUGUUCGAGGAGUUGUGAAAGAGGUGCACGCGAAAAAGCUUAUUCUUAGCGAUGGGAGUGUUGUACCUUAUGGACUUCUGGUGUGGUCAACCGGUGUGGGUCCCUCUGAGUUCAUAAAACAACUACAGCUUCCCAAAUCUCCUGGUGGAAGGAUCGGCAUUGACGAAUGGUUGCGGGUCCCUUCUGUUGAAGACGUAUUUGCGCUUGGAGACUGUGCGGGUUUUCUUGAACACACGGGAAGGCCAGUUCUUCCUGCUCUAGCUCAGGUUGCUGAAAGACAAGGAAAGUAUCUAGUUGAACUGUUUAAUAAAAAGAUCGGGAAGCAAAAUGCCGGAAGGGCUUGUUCCGCAAAUGAUGUCGAUCUUGGUGAUCCGUUUGUUUACAAGCAUCUCGGAAGCAUGGCUUCUGUUGGGCGAUAUAAGGCACUGGUCGACCUUAGCCAGACAAAGGAUGCAAAGGGAGUGUCGAUGGCAGGGUUUGUGAGCUGGCUGAUUUGGCGGUCGGCUUAUUUGACACGCGUCUUGAGCUGGAGAAACAGGUUAUACGUCAUGAUCAACUGGGCGACAACUUUGGUCUUUGGGAGAGAUAAUACAAGAAUUGGAUGAAACAGUUAAUCUACAUCAGCUUUAGAAUUAUGAAUUUUGUUACCGGUAUUGUAGCGGGAUACAUUUUGAACACAAACUAAUCAAUAUGAUCACAUAAUAAGAACCAUUCAGAAGACAUUUAAUAACACGAUUCACUUAUUUCUUGCGCGAUUCA